AAAUUAUAUAAGGUUGAUUUUCUAGAAGAAAUUAAAAGCACUGGACUAUAUUUCGAAAGAUUGAUGAAAAAGCUAUGCAUUUUAUAAGAAAAUGAAUGACAUAAAUUGGAUUCAAACUAAACUACCAAUUUUUUUUUGAAUAGAUUUCAGUAAAUAAACUGUAGAUAGUAUUUAGAUGACUCUGAUUUUUAGUUAGAUAUUUUUUGGAUAAAAUUAGCCAAUUUGUUUUUGUUUAAUCAAAUUAUAGUAAAAUCAAUUUCGUGGCAAAAGACCACUAGAUGUGUGGUAAAGUAGCUCAACUUUCCCAUUUCUACCAUAAACAACGUUGACUACAUUCUCUGGUUCAAUUUGGUAUGGAAGAAUACCAAUAUGCUCAUAUAGUAUCUUUGACCUUUGCUGAAUGAAAAAAAGGAAAUAAAUAAAAGAAAGAAGCUGUAAUUUGAUAUUUUACCAAACCAGUCAUGUCUCUCUUCCUGUCCUAAAAAUCAAUUUUUAAAUAUCUAAGACCAAAACAAUCUCCACACAUCUCACUAGACUAAACUAAAUUCUCAGUGAUCACUCUUGUUUCUCUGCACUAGAGUUGCACCAGGACUCUCUCACUUUUGGUAAAGCCUCUCUUCUUCUCCUUAGCCUUAACCUUAUCGCCCUCUCUUUUUUUUUGUCAUGGAGUGGUUCAUAGAUCUUAAGGAGUGUUUGAUAUUCUCUAUGUGUAGUUGAUGAGAAGUCAUAAAAUGAUCAGACCUUAUCCCAAAAUUUAAUCAAUACCUUUUCAUGCGGUUCUUCGUUGUAAUUUUCAAACUUGGAGUGUUAGGAGAAUGAGAUGAAUUUAUAUUAAGCUUUUAGGGUUGCAUGUUUGAUUUUUCAACUAGAAUUCAAUGAUAUCCUCUUUACAAAUAAAUGCCUGAUACGGUUUAUGCACACAUGUACUUGUUAGCUUCUACCCGUGGACCAAUUAUUUAAACUUGUAACUGAAUGUUUUGGUUAUCAAUGGUUUUUCAGUAGGAAGUGAAGGGAAAACUCCUAGAGAUGGCUGCAAGAGAUGACAACGAUGAUCCAAUGGAGGCAAAGGAGGAGGAGAAUAUAAACGAAAGCAUAAUGGAGAUGCAAGAUGACCAACAGAUGGAAGAAAACAACAAUCAAGAUGAGGAGAUGCAAGCUGUUGAUACAAGAUCUGAAAGUUGUGUUUCUCUUUCUGAUGAUGAAGAACAAUUGCUGAUGGGACAUGAUGAUGAGUCGGAUCUUGAGAAACCUCUGAGCGAGGAAGAGAUAGACGAGUUGAUUUCAGAGCUUGUGGGAGUAGAGAGUAAGGCGGCAGAAGCUCAAAAAGCAAUUGAAGAGGAGUCUCUUGCUACAGUAGAGGGUGAAGUUAGGGAGAAACUAGCACGCACACUCCGUCUGGAUAAAUCUGUAUCAGCUGAAAUGAUGACUUUUAAAGACGUAAGGGAGGAAACUCUUGAUAAUCUUGAAAUUAAAAGUGCAAACUUGUUGGAACAACUAUCAGGUGCUGGAGUCGAACUUCCAAAGUUGUACAAAAUGAUUGAAAGUCAAGUCCCUAGUCGUCUCUACACAGAAGCUUGGAAAAAAAGAGCCCACUGGGUUGGGACUCAGGUAACAGAAGAAACCGUGGAAUCAUUGGCAAACGCAGAGAGUUUUCUUCAGACUCACCGUCCUGUCCGAAAACGACAUGGAGAACUUUUGGAGGAGGGAGCUAGUGGGUUUCUGGAGAAAUUUUUUGCUGAUAAUGGUGUUAAAGAAUCUCAAGCUGGACCAUCUGAGCUUGACUGGUUAUCUCUCAACAAAGUUUUUACGGAAAAAAAGGAUGAGGCUGUCUCCUUUGGUAGUAAGAAUUGGGCUUCUCUUUACUCGGCAAGCACUCCACAACAAGCUGCAGCCAUGGGAUUAGAGUUUCCAGGAGUCAAUGAGGUGGAGGAAAUUGAAGAGAUUGAUGCAGACUUGGAAGGUACUUUUUUUGCCGAUGCAAUGGAAAACGAAAGAGUGCUUGCCCAAACUGAAGAACAAAAGAAAGACUAUACUAGAGCCAGAGAGGAUGAUGAUAUAAAUAUUGAUCUUCAACUUUGUUUGAAUCGGAAGAGACGCAAGACAAGAUCUAAACAGGUUAUCAGGCACACGGCAGAGAAUAGUGAUGAUGAGUCUGCGUGUUUGUAUGUGAAUAAUACUGUCCCAAACCCGGCUGAAGAUCAAGUAAAAUGUCUGGAGACUAGCACUCAGUUUCAAAACAAUGAAGACGACAAAGAGGAAAACGUGAACUUGUCUAAUUCAGAUGUAGAUGAGAUGGUUCCUGUCACAGAUUCUAAUGCUGAAGAUAGUCAAAACACUUCAAAGAAACAGAAGGUUGGUUGCUGCUCAGACAAGUUGGUGGAGAACUUACUACAGAUACACAACCCCAACUGGAUCUCUAGUUUGCAUGAGCAUGAGACAUUUCUAAAAGAAAAUGAAGAAGAGAACCCGACAAUGGAAGAAAAAGACAUGGCCUGGGAAGUUUACAGGAGAGCGUUAGAGUGGAAAGGAGUUCAGCGUGUAGCUCCAGAGCUCCAAAAACCUUUACCUUCACCACAAACAGUGACCCCACGGCUCCCAAAGAGGUUCAACAGAAGUCGUUUUGUGAUCCGCAACUGCACUAGAACGGCGCAUCAGCGCACACUCAUAAGCCAAGGAAGUAAAGUCGGUAGCAGCACGGUUUGUGGGGAGUGUGGGCUCGUAUUAACGUGGGAAGAUGUUACUACACCUGCGCCCAAAAUAGAUUACUUUUGAAACAUUGCAAAAGAGUUUGAGUUUGCUUUUUGCUUAUUUUAAGUUGGAACUGAAACCAAGAUAGAGUUUACUUGAACUCAUGCUGAAACUUGUGUCUUAUAAACCUAAAGUGAUUUGAGAAGUUUUAAGAGUAACUAGCCUCGGGCAUUCGGUUUUUGGUUCGAUUUUGGUUUGAUUAUUUCGGUUUUCGAUUAGGUUUGGAUAAGAAAUUGGAAUCCAACUAAUAUCUGAGGUAAUUUUGGAUCCCAAUCGGUCCGGUUAGAUUCUGAUUUUUUGGUUUAUUUAGGUUAAAAAUUUAGAAUAUUUGGGAUUUUUGGAUUAAAUAUCAGAUUUUUCGAGUUUUGGAUCUUUUGUUUUUUUGAAUAGGUCGGAUAAUUGUUAAUAUUUCGAUAAAAAAAUUUAUUCAUUUUUGGUAUUUCAAUUUAUAAAUAAUAUUUUAAAAUUAUUUGAUUUUUUAAAAUUAAAUAUAGUUAAUAUUUAUAAGCUUACAAACUAUAUUAUAGUUAAUACUCAUUCGAUAUCGGUUUGGAUAAUCGGUAGGAUCCAAAUCCAAACCAAAUCCCAUUUUUGGAUUCCAUUCUGGAUAAAUGCGCACAAGCCUAAGAGUAACUAACAUUGCAAGGUUGUGCUUAUCCCAUUUUGAGUUUGCAAAUCACUGUUCGAGAUUUCGAAUAUACAACUUACAUAACCAUAUAAUUGACGUAAAACUUGAAAUCUGAGGCUGAAGAUAAUACAGUUAAGAGAAAUAAACGGAAAAGAGUGACCAGAAACAUAACAAGACACUGGAACAUACUAAACUAUUGGAGACAAGACAUAAGCUAAUCUCUAAUUCAAACCAUUUCAGACUUAACAAAACUUGUUUCCUGUACAAAAAAAAAACAAC